CCAUGACCACCUGGGCUCUCCUGUUCCUUACUGUGCUCCUGGACACCCCAGGUCUUUCUUCCUCUGAGCACUAUGACCAAGCACCAAGUGGCCCAUGUAACGGAGAGCUGUCCUGCCAGGGCCUGAUCCAGGAGGACUUCCAGGAUGAGCUGCUGACCAAAAGUGAGGGGCUGCGCAUCAGCUGCACAAUCUGUAAAAAGAUAAUCCAUAAAUUGGAGACAAUGGUGGGAGAGCAGCCAAAUGAGGACACCAUCGCGCAGGCUGCGUCCCGUGUAUGCCGUUGGAUGUUUAUACUGAAAAAGCCCUGCAGUUACCUCAUGAACAAAUUUCUCAGUCGUAUCUCCCAGGACAUCAUGCAAGGCAAAAAUGCUCAUGACAUCUGUGUGGACCUAAAAAUGUGCAAACCUUGCGCAGGUCCCAUGUGAGCCUCCACCUUGGGGAAGACCACGGAAAUUCCAGCAACCUCUGCCAGCUCCUUCCUUCCUAAAGCCAGAUUCUACCCUCCAGUUCCUCUCACCUAACUCCCACUACUGACCUUGGCCUCUCAGGAGAAUAAAAUGUCAUGC